CACCCCACCUCCCCCUCUCUCCGUUCCCUUCCGAUUUCAUCGUUCGUUCUAGGGGGUGAUGGUCUAUGAUUGGCCAGGCGGGGAAUGGUAGUCUGGUAGAAGGCAUUAUAGCGCGGUGUUCAUCCCCGUGCUCAUGUUUACACCUUGCACAAUCUCGGAGCUGAGAGGACAGACCGCGCGGAACGGGAAGCUUGGAGCAACCGUUUGCCGUGUUGGAAGGCAGUAGUGCCUCGGAAGGCUACUUCUUAUGGUCGUAGGGGAAGUUUCAGUCGCUUAGACAGCAGUCUACACAGUCUACGUGAUUAUCUUGUAAUUAAUUUGCAACUAAUUUUCCAAAAUAUGAAGCAUUGAUACCACAAACUUUCCCGUGACUGGCUCCGCUUUGAUGGGGUUUAUUGGACCAGGGUCAUACAAACGGGAAUAACGCAGAAGUUGGUGGGUUUUUUGACCGUUUUUGUUUUAUCAGGAACCUUAUAACAAGGCUACACGUUGUUUUGUGUAAUUUAUGAAAUAAUUUAUCAAGCAUAAUAAACGUGUUAGUUUUGUCUUUUGGCCAUACUACUAAUCUCGUGUUCUAUGUUUUGGUAGUCAUUUUUACAUUUAGGCUACCAGACCCUUUAUUGGACUUUUCCAUGUUUUUAGACCAAUUUCUCUCACUGAGAAAUUAUUCUAACUUUUAAAGACAAGUUGGAAGGGCGACAUCGACAGCAUCGAGAGUACCUGGGACAGUUCGUAGCAGCGUAACUUGAAAAAGAUGCUCUCAGCUCAGAUGCAUCGCGACCUGGGUCGUGGUCCUCUACUAUUUCUAUUUCUCUUAAGUGGAUAUCUCUUGGCCGAUUCUGAGAGCAGUGACUACAGUGAGGUCCUCCCAGACUCGUUCCCCUCGGCCCCAGCAGAACCGCUCCCAGAGUUCCAGCUGGAGCCUGAGGAUGCCUUCAUAGUGAAGAACCGCCCAGUCCAGCUCCGAUGCCGAGCUGCUCCGGCCACCCAGAUCUACUUCAAGUGCAACGGAGAGUGGGUCAACCAGAAUGACCAUGUGACCAGGGAGAGCCUGGACCAAGUCACAGGUCUAGUUGUGAGGGAGGUGGACAUCUCAGUGUCCAGGACCCAGGUAGAGGAGUUGUUUGGCCUGGAGGACUACUGGUGCCAGUGUGUGGCCUGGAGCUCUGCUGGCACAACCAAGAGCACCCGUGCAUACGUCCGCAUCGCAUACCUACGGAAGAACUUUGAGCAGGAGCCCCUGGGCAGGGAGGUGCGGCUGGAUCAGGAGGUGCUACUCCAGUGUCGCCCCCCAGAGGGCAUGCCACCUGCUGAGGUGGACUGGCUGAAGAACGAGGAUACUAUCGACCUGGCUCUGGAUUCCAACUUCCUGAUGACCAUUGACCAUGACCUCAUCAUCAAGCAGGCUCGUCUGUCCGAUACGGCAAAUUACACAUGCGUUGCCCGCAACGUGGUGGCCAAGCGCCGAAGCAGCACGGCCACACUUAUCGUCUACGUCAGCGGAGGCUGGUCCUCUUGGAGCGAAUGGUCGGAAUGUAACACACGCUGUGGGCGGGGCUGGCAAAGACGAACGCGCAGCUGCACCAAUCCUGCUCCACUCAAUGGAGGAACCUUCUGUGAGGGCCCACCCUUUCAGAGAGUAACCUGCACCACCCUCUGUCCAGUUGACGGGGGCUGGACGGAGUGGGCUAAGUGGUCGGCCUGUGGGACGGAGUGUACUCACUGGCGCAGCCGCGAAUGCCAGGCUCCUCCUCCUCGAAAUGGGGGCCGCCACUGCAGUGGGAGCAUGAUGGAAAGCAAGAACUGCACUGAGGGCCUGUGCACACGCAAUAAAAAGGUUUCUAUUGAACAUGCAAGCCAUCCUUUGGAGCCUGGCAUGGGUGUGGCGGUGUAUGCUGGCCUGGUGGGGGCGCUGUUGCUGUGCGGCGUACUGGUGCUGUGUGUGGGCAUACUGGCAUACCAACGCAGGUGCCGCCACCUCCACGGUGACAUCACAGACUCUUCCUCUGCCCUCACAGCGGCCUUCCAUCCCGGCAACUACAAGCCUCCCAGACAGGACAACCCCCACCUCCUGCACCCUUCAGCGCCCCCAGACUUGACUGCCACAGCGGGACCCUUCCGUGGGCCCCUUUUCUCCCUGCAGCAGGGGGCCAAUGACAGCCCCCACAAGAUCCCCAUGACCACCUCUCCCCUGCUGGAUCCUCUUCCCAGCCUGAAGAUUAAGGUGUACAACUCCUCCACACUGUCCUCCCUGGAGCUUCCCCCCUCGGGGGGCUCCUCUGAUGGGGAGAUCCUGAGCCUGAAGAUGGUGGGCACGGUGGGCAGGGACAGGGAGCACCAUGGGCAGACACUGUCCAGAGAGCCUGGACAAAGUACCAGCGCCACCCUUGGUCACCUGGGUGGACGCCUCACCAUCCCCAACACAGGUGUGAGUCUGCUAAUUCCACCAGGAACCAUUCCUCAGGGGAAGUUUUACGAGAUGUACUUGAUAAUCAGCAAGUGGGAGAAAACAACGCUCCCGUCGGAGGGCAGUCAAACAGUGCUCAGCCCAAUAGUGAGCUGUGGACCAUCGGGGAUGCUGCUGAGCCGGCCUGUGGUUCUCACACUGCCACACUGCGCCCAGCUGGACACCCCUACCCCAGACUGGAUCCUCACCCUCAAGACCCAGACACAUCAGGGGGCCUGGGAGGAGGUGCUUACGGUGGGGGAGGAGACCCUGUCAUCACCGUGCUACCUGCAACUGGAGGAGGAGAGCUGCCACGUGCUGUUGGAGCAGCUUGGCACCUACGGCCUGGUGGGCCAAUCCGCCCCACCCCAGUCUGCCUGCAAGCGUCUGCAGCUGGCCCUGUUUGCGCCCCGAGCUCCAUGCCUGUCCCUGGACUACAGCCUGCGUAUCUACUGCAUCCAGGACACCCCCCAUGCACUCAAGGAGGUUUUGGAACUGGAGAAGAGUCUAGGUGGAUUUCUGCUGGAGGACCCCAAGCCCCUCAUGUUCAAAGACAGCUACCACAACCUGCGCCUGUCCAUCCAUGACAUCCCACACUCCCACUGGAGGAGCAAGCUGUUGGCAAAGUACCAGGAGAUCCCCUUCUACCACAUUUGGAGUGGCAGCCAGAGGCCUCUCCACUGCACCUUCAGUCUGGAGCGAGGCAGCCUGGCGGUGUCCCAGCUCGCCUGCAAAAUCUGCGUCCGGCAGGUGGAGGGAGAAGGGCAGAUCUUCCAGCUGAACACAGACAUCCAGGAGACCCUGCCACCACACUCGCCCAUGCCCUCGGGAGGCAUCUGCCUGCCCUCCUCCCAGGUGGGCCCCUAUGCCUUUCGCCUGCCUGCCACCAUCCGCCACAAGAUCUGUGCCAGUCUCGACGCCCCUAGUGCCCGCGGAUGUGACUGGAGACUACUGGCACAUAGCUUGGGGUUCGACAGGUAUCUCAACUACUUUGCAACAAAACCCAGCCCCACAGGUGUUCUGCUGGACCUAUGGGAGGCCUGUCACCAAGGUGACGCAGACCUAGUCUCUCUAGCGACCGCACUCGAAGACAUGGGCAAGAGUGAGGUGCUGGUCGUCAUAACAACAGAUGGGGAUUGCUGAUUGGUCAAGUGAAAACAGAACAAAGAGAGCACAUCUGCCAUCAUGAAGAAAAUACCAAUACUUGCCUAUAUAUGCACAAAGAAACUAGGACCCUACACAGCUCCUAGAGAGCAUGUCUGUCAUAUCCACCUCUUUAUUACCUCUGCCUCAUCUCCUCUCCAAGCUUUCCCAUCAGUUCCUCCACACUCUCAACACACUGGGCUACCUGUGACACUCACUACCCAGGCCUGUCUUCAGAGCAAUGUGGCACCUUUUGUGUAGGUGAAGACGGGUGGAGUUGCAAUGAGGUGUAAAAUAUUGCCAUAUAACCAUCCCAGUGUCGUAUGUGCAGUGUAAAUUGCGUUCUUCUUCAGAGGAAAAACAAAUAAAUGUGGCUUGUUUGUACAUAAACACAAUGCUUGAGGAUUCUCGCACAACAAUCCAAGCAAUCAUACAUCAAAGCACACACAUGCACGUACAGGCACGCCCGCACUUCUGUCUGCAGACAUACUCGAAGCCCAGUGUGAAAGUGCAUGAUUAAACACCCUCUCACCUCAUGGAUUGGGCUUUGUUUCCUAGCGACCAGCCAUAUUUGAGGUCCCCAUUGUCAUGGUGUGUUUGCAGCUAGCGACAGGAUGUGUACCUGUCUGCAACCCCUCAGGCUACUGGCAGACAUACACAGGGACAGACUCACAGACUUGCCAACUCUGACAGAUAUUAUCCUCAUAAUUAUGGUUUGACUGACGACAAAUCACAUCAGGAAUGGUUUUGAGUUUGAAGUUCUAAUUUGGUUGGAUUUGGGGGUGGAGUACGAUGGGUUGUAUGAGGACAGAGGUGUUUAUGGAUAGGUGUGGCAGGUGAUCAAGACUGAUUAUUGAUAAUGUACACCUGGAUGCCUCAAAGUCUUGGUAGAACAGUUAGCUUUACAAAAGGUCUCUCUCCUUUCUUUUAUCGCUCCUUCUCCUUGAAACCUUCUCUCCUGUCUUUCUGCUCGGCCUUUAAUCUGUUCCGAUUCAGAAUACACAGCAGGAGAGCCCUCUGUCCACCCUUAAAAGUUUCCUUUAGGGAACGCUCUUUUAAGUUAUUAUCCAUAUUUGUGGAUUUGUUCUUUUUCACUGUCAUUUGUGUCAUUGCUGUUAUGAUCGAGACAUGAACUCUGUUUUUUAAAGUUGUGCUUGAUUACCGAGGUACAAUGUUGCUUGGUUUUUGUUGAUGCUGGAGGAGCUAGCCUGGGAGAGGUGGAACAGUGGAAGGCUGGAGAAACAAAUAAUUAUUUUCAAAUGUGUGUAUUUACUUGAUUUAUCAGACAUAAUAUGUAAAAUAACAUUGGCUGUGGUAAGACAACCUCUGUUAUCAUGUUGACAGUCAGCAGUGCUGCCAGAUAAUAAUGAUGUGGCUUGUCGGCAGAUUAAUUUUGCCUUGUGUUGACCUGGUAGCAAUGGAGCAUAAAUCCUUACCUCAAGUUUUCUAAACUGUAUUUCAACCCCUUUUCUCUUCCUAUAUGCCCCACAUGUCUCUUUCUCUCUGUCUGUCUAACUCUUAUUUAGCUUAUUCUGUUCCUCCAUGCCUCUUACUAACUGAUUGUUUCCCUUUUACAUAGCUGCCUGAUUGUGGUCAGGGUCAUCAAGCUACUUGCAUUGUCAAUAUUGUUAUUUCAGUUAUUGUCAGACAGUCUAAAUUUGUUUUAACUCUCUCUGUAUCUCGGAUGUCUGGUUUUUGGCCCUUGAAGCAAAAAAUAGUGUUCAACUCCAUGAUUGCAAAUCCUAAACAAAUACAUGGCAGUAUCUCAUCUUUCCUCCCCAGCUAUCCAUCACUGUAUGAAUGAAUUAAAAACUGUGUGUGUGUGCUUGAUUGAGAUGUAUCUGCCAUUUUUCUAAGUGCUAUGCAAGUACAAAAUGACAGUGAAUUAUCAAAUCCUCUUUGUUUUCCUGGAAACAUGUAUAUUUCUGAGAUGCAAGGAUGCAGGCAGACUGGGUUAAAUUGAUAAUGUGUCAUACCUGGUGAUUGAACAAAGUGCACAGCAAUGGAAACUGAUUAUUCUGAUGAUGUGUAAUGUGUAAGCUCCAAAUGGAUACGAAGUCUGGGCUGACAUAUGAUCACUGUAACCCCUGCUCAGUAAAGCACAGCCUGAGAAGUGAAAUGCUAAUAUUGAGGAUGAUGAUGAUGAUGAUUACAGUGAUAAUGAAGAAUAUUAUGUCCUACAGCAUCGUGACCCUACAGACACAUAGUUCUGGGUCACAAGCAUUGAACCUCCUUGAACAAUGGAUGCUAUCCCACUACCCCCUUCUCCCAACCUGUUUGAUACAGAGACUGGUUAUCAUUACAGAACAAUAACAAGAAGUUUGAUGUUUCCUCUUGGUCUGAAUCCUACCAGACAUGACCCACUCGGGUCAUGCCUCAGAACCGGACUACACGCCUUUGAUUUCAGGCUGUUCAUGUUGUUUUUACAAAAAAAAGAAAUUAAUUCAGAGACAAAAACAGACUUGCUUCACUCUGUAAACUACCAUUUGUAAAUAAAUGUCUAGCCUUCUUACCUGUAACAAAAUAUAAUUUUUAUGCAAUAAAUUAUAUUUCCUAGUUUAA